CGCCAUAUUGUCUGGUGAAGCUGCCGCCGAAGCUGCCGCCGCUGCCGCCGCCAAAUAGGAGCGAGCGGAGCCGCGAUGGAGACCAUGGCGAGCCCAGGAAAAGACAAUUAUCGAAUGAAAAGCUAUAAGAACAAUGCCCUAAAUCCUGAAGAAAUGAGACGAAGAAGAGAAGAAGAGGGCAUUCAGCUCCGGAAACAGAAACGGGAGCAACAACUUUUUAAACGGAGAAAUGUGGAGUUGAUUAAUGAAGAAGCUGCCAUGUUUGAUAGUCUCCUCAUGGAUUCCUAUGUGAGCUCUACCACUGGGGAGAGUGUAAUCACAAGAGAGAUGGUGGAGAUGCUCUUUUCUGAUGAUUCUGACCUACAGUUGGCAACCACACAGAAAUUCCGGAAACUGCUCUCCAAAGAGCCUAGUCCUCCAAUAGAUGAAGUCAUCAAUACUCCAGGAGUCGUGGAUCGGUUUGUGGAAUUUCUUAAGAGGAAUGAGAAUUGUACAUUACAGUUUGAAGCUGCCUGGGCACUAACAAACAUUGCCUCUGGAACCUCCCAGCAGACCAAAAUUGUCAUUGAAGCAGGGGCUGUCCCCAUAUUUAUAGAGCUGCUUAACUCGGAUUUUGAAGAUGUACAAGAACAGGCAGUCUGGGCACUGGGAAACAUAGCUGGAGACAGUUCCGUUUGCCGAGAUUACGUCUUGAACUGUUCCAUCCUUAAUCCUUUGUUAACACUCCUUACCAAGUCCACACGACUGACAAUGACACGGAAUGCAGUCUGGGCCUUGUCAAAUCUCUGCCGAGGGAAGAACCCACCCCCAGAAUUUGCAAAGGUCUCCCCAUGUUUGCCUGUGUUGUCUCGCCUACUCUUCAGCAGUGACUCAGACUUGCUGGCAGAUGCUUGCUGGGCCCUUUCUUAUCUCUCUGAUGGCCCCAAUGAGAAGAUACAGGCGGUCAUAGACUCUGGAGUCUGUCGGAGAUUGGUAGAACUUCUAAUGCACAACGAUUACAAAGUGGCUUCUCCUGCCCUAAGAGCUGUGGGCAACAUUGUCACCGGAGAUGACAUCCAGACCCAGGUCAUUCUUAACUGUUCUGCCCUCCCUUGCCUCUUACAUUUGCUGAGUAGCCCAAAGGAGUCAAUCCGGAAGGAAGCUUGCUGGACCAUUUCAAAUAUCACUGCUGGCAACAGGGCUCAAAUACAGGCUGUCAUAGAUGCAAACAUCUUUCCUGUAUUGAUCGAAAUCCUUCAGAAAGCAGAGUUCCGUACAAGGAAAGAGGCAGCCUGGGCCAUCACUAAUGCUACAUCAGGAGGAACCCCUGAGCAGAUCAGGUACCUGGUCUCACUGGGCUGCAUCAAACCCCUCUGUGACUUGCUGACUGUAAUGGAUUCAAAGAUUGUGCAAGUGGCCCUCAACGGACUGGAGAACAUCCUUCGACUUGGAGAACAAGAGGGCAAGCGCAGUGGCUCAGGGGUCAAUCCCUACUGUGGCCUCAUUGAGGAAGCCUAUGGCUUGGAUAAAAUUGAGUUUCUCCAGAGCCAUGAGAACCAGGAAAUCUACCAGAAGGCCUUUGACCUUAUUGAGCACUAUUUUGGUGUAGAAGAUGAUGAUAGCAGCCUGGCUCCCCAAGUGGAUGAAACGCAACAGCAGUUCAUCUUCCAGCAGCCCGAGGCCCCUAUGGAGGGCUUCCAGCUAUAAUGUCUGCUUUCGGGGAGGGGAGGGGAUGGGAAGCACCACCAACCAGCGGAAAAGCAGCCCUCUGGUGGGCGGAAACCAGCCCCCCACCAUCAGCCACCACACACCUCUGCUGCCCUGGAGACUGUGCUCUUGACCUGCCCCACCCCCUUCCCUGGAGGGAGCACCCUCUGGACAGACAGAACCAUCUGAGGCUCACAUUUGGGUUUUGUGACAAGAAGGGGACGUGUUGGGUUUUUCUUCCUUACACUAUAUUUUGGCUGCACACAUGUCUUUAACCCAGGAGCCCAGGGGUAGAUAAAGGAGGACUGAGGUAAUCAAUUUUGCACCUUUUUUUUAUUAUUUUUUUUUCUUUAGUGGUGACUUCCUUCCCUUUUAUCUCCCUUCAUCCUUCCCAGUCCUCUGCCCUGAUCUGUGUAACUCUUAUCUUGGGUACUUGAGCAGAUGGAAUAUUCCAGAGGUGGGGGGUGGGGGGGUGGGAGAGGAGGGGAGAAAUCCAAAACAAAGUAUUCUUGCUCUGACAGACUAUUAAUCUUGUAUGCUUGGAUUGAGUUAUUUAAUUUUUUCUUUUGCACAUUUUUCUUGUAUUAAGAUUGCUCUUUCCAAGAGCCAUGAGUUCCUGGUUUUAGGAAUCCCAACUGCCAGCAUUGUCUGGGACUAGAGGCUGAGGGGGGAGGUCACCAUGAGACAAAAACCUCUCCCUCUAACCCCUUGCCCAGACCUCUCUAGUUUGGGAGAGCCCCUCUUUCUCCUGGAACAAGCAUACGAGUGGGAAUGGAGGGGAGGAGCACAGGCCUCAGACAGGGCUUCCCACGUGUCGCUACUGAUCCAAUGUUUCCUGCCCACCUUCCAAUGGUGCGACCCAACUUCAUUUGUUUACUUGAAAAUUCCCCCUCAGAGUUGGAUGACUCUCUGAGGUAGCUGUAUUUUCUCCUAAGCAUGAGACAGGGGUGUGGUCCUUCCUUUCUCCUGAGGAGAAAGUCCUUACUCUGGUGACCCCUAAGUUACAGAGGAGGUUGGAGUGAGAGUGUCAUGUAUUUGGAUAGCCAGGGAUCCCUGCCUUUGGCCUUUCUUCUUCCUCUUCCAUAGCUGGAUCAUGUAUAUUUUACUUCCAAAGGAGAGAAUGUCAAAAAGUUCUGUAUUUUUUUAUAUUCUAUAUAUUAGGUAGGUCUUAAGAGGAAGAACUGUCUGUAAUUUCUGUAAGUAGGAAACUGUGAGGGAGACCAAAAAGAGAUGUGGAAGCUCUUUGCUCAGGUCUGAGCUUGGUCCUUCUCUUCUCUGUUUGUAUUCUGGGCUACCACCUGGGACCAACUCUUGGCUCUGAAGCCUUUAUGCAGUAGGCCGCCUUGGUCUGAAGGGAACAAGGAUGGCCUAGGGCCUGGUGAAGUCUACCAUUCGGAUCCUUACUGCUGAGCAUCUUGCUUACAUCAGAAAGCAGUCUGCCAUCUCACCUUCAGUCUCAGAGAUCCUUGUCCACUUAAGUUAUCACUCAUUGCUGUCUCUCCUGUUGUCCCAGAAAGAUAGCAACUUCAGUACUUUCACAAGACUUCCUGAUCCUUCCCUGUUUUGGUACCCUUGCAUCUGGUUUGGGUUUUGCCCUUUCUUGUGACAAUUAUACCUUAAUGCCUCUUCUUUCUCUUCAACUAAAACUAGUACGGUGCCUCAGUGGCAGGCCUGUGCUUCAGUGUAUUACAUAUGACUGUGAAGUCCAGCAUGAGGAGGUGAGGUGGAGAAAGCGGUCAGUAAGUGUAGCCCAACUGUGGACCUGAAGGCACAAUCUGGCUAGCUGCUGCCUCUUCCUGUGGUCCAUCAGAGGUGCCCUCCCCAGCUAUACUUUUCCUCAGAAACAUGCCAUUCUUGCUUCCACUCCUGUGCAUCCCUGCUGGCUCAGGUAAAAUAGCCUCUCUGCCUACAGAUCUAUAUAUAGUUCAGGUGCUCACUGUCAGCCAUGGGUCUUGAUUUUCCCUGUGCUAGUGUUGAGCUCCAACUCUAGACCCAGUUUCUGAGAAGGUAGUUUGGAGCUAGUGAUGAUUGCCGAGAAGUCACACCAGUGCUGUGCCACCUCAGUAAGUUAGAUGCCAUUAUUCAGUAUGGCAAAUGCCCUACCAGUCCCACAGCAGGCAAGGGGGCAGGACCAUUUUCACUUGGCCUGCUGACUCCAUUACAAUAUUUUUCUCCUGUACUUCUAAGAAAGCCCCCUCACACUCUUGUUGGAGAGCAUUUUAAAGGGCAGAGCAGUUUAAUAACAUCUGCUUUGUAUAUCUCAGCCCCUGAUGUUGGGGCUGAAUUCUUAUUGCGAGACAUAAACAUCCUGCUUUUCCACCUGUUCAUGCAAAAUCUCCUUUAACUUCAGAUCUGAGCCCUAUACCAGAGUGAAGUUUGUAUUUGUUUUUAUUUUUAUUUUUUGUGAUCUGUCUGCUGCAUACAGUCAGCUUUCUCCAAGGACUUAAAAGACUGAAAUAGCCCAGGGCACGACGGAAGGGCAGAUUUCUCAUCAGAAGAAAGUGGAGCUUUCCUUUGUUAGUGUCUUCCCUGGACCAUGUUUUCCAUUAUCUUCCUCUGAUUCCCUUUCAGUCAACAGGUGAAAUUCUUGCAGCCCAUAAAGGCUGUAGCAUUCUAUAUGUUUUCUCUCCUUUGGUCAUCUUGGAAAGCAAAAUGUUAUUUCUUUGCCCAAGCCUGACAGCCAGUCUUAGUGAGGAGCCCCCAGUCACAUCUUGGCCUUGAUGCAUUCAAAGACUUUGCGACAAAUUUCUGGAUGGAUAUUGCAGGGACGGAGGGACUCCCUACCAUGCUGUAGAGAAUAUUCUGAUACAUGUUUUUGGAUUCUCCGGAUGUUGGCCCAUGACUGGGUAUUCAUUGUAAAGUUUUGUUAGGGGUAAGACGUAUCUAGGUUUGGAUUAAGGGUACAGGGGCCUUUUUCUUAAAAGUGUUCAGACUGUUUUUGAACUGUGCCAGCUGUUCUUUGUUGCCAACCCUCUGGGAUUCCCACCCUCAUAUCAUCUUUUCUAAUACUAAUAAGAACCCUAGUCUCAGAAGCCUGUCUUCAGUUCCCAGCUCUCCCGGUGACUGCAAACUUAGAGUAGAACCAUAUGGAUUUCCCCCCUCGGUUCGCCAUCAUGGUUAUUUGGAACAGUGGGUACAAAUGACCCUUCCAAGAAACAGAUAUUGAUAACCUCAGCUUUCAGGGACCCUUAGUGUUUCCUCUUACCUAGAACCCUUAGAUCCACUCCUAUUUUCUUUGCAUUGGGAUCCACCUUCCUGGAGCCUUAUUUGGGGUUAUUGAACCACAGAUUAUAGCUGCUACCGUACUUUUUGUCACGUAAGAAUGAAAGAAAGCUCUCAAGCACUGGCUUUCUAUUUCUCUCAAGAAACAGAAAUGAACACUGUCCAGUAGGAGGAAGUGGAUUUCCAUUUUUUUUCUGUCUACCUUCCCCCUAUCUUAAAAGUUCCCAGUUUCUAGCUAACUGGGAAGGAAAACUGGAGGCCCAGCAGCGCUUCCCACCUCAUCCUGCAUAUGCCCCACUUUGGAGACCUUGGCUCAUUUGUUCUCCCCUAGACAACUCAGCUAGGUGUCAUCGUGACUGUUCCUCAGUAGAUUCAUCUUGUGAGCUCAGACUCAGGAUUCACGGUUGAAGACUGGGAGCCAGAUUCUGCAGGUUCCUGUGGGCACUACAGGGACCCAGCAGGGAGAAAGUCUGGCCGGAGGCAUCAGGAAUGGUGCCUGUUAGCCCUGCUGCAGGCUGGAGGAGGGUAUGAGGCUCAGUACAAGGGAAAUGUGUAGAAACAGUAGCAACAUCUGCCAGUUAGAAGCAGCCUAGGAGUGAGUGUGAGACUGAGGAAGUGCUGAGUAGGUUUCUUCAAAGCUGUUUAGGGGUAGCACAUUUUAGUUCAAUCUUACAGAGUUAUUUUCUCUGCACCUUAACUUGGGGAGUCUUAGUAAGCCGACAAGUUGAGAAUAUGGCUCUACACGGAUAUAUAUAUGGGAGACACUAGCUGCUCUUUCAAAAGGUCUUCAUAAAUGAUCCGUCAUCCCACUUUCUGUCCCCUAGUACCACCCCCAGUUGAUGACAAGGGAACAAUUUGAGUCAAUACCAACCAUGUCUGUGAAUUAAAGCUAUUAUUUUUACUCUUAAGAGGCAUUUUAUAUCAGGCCUGUGCUAUGUGUAGAAGAACCAAACCAAGUGUAAAGAGGCAGCAUUCAGUUUUGGGCCCAGAACACCCCAGGAGAAAGGUUUGUAUGAAGUGUUUUAAACGUCUACAGUUUAUUUGGGCCUUCCCUCACUUUUGGGUUCCACAGUAGCACGUACCUGAACCCCUCUGCUAAACACUAGCCCUACUUAGGUCAGAUUUUCAACCCAUGGGUUGGGGGAGAGAGAACUCUGCCUUGCAGUGUAGAAAUGUCAGAUCUCAGAGCCUGAACCUGGCUGGGAACCUGUCACUUAGAAAUAAUCCUCUACGAAAACCCUUGGACCUUUGGGUGUUGGCUUUUUUGGCUAUCUUUUAUGGGAACUGACUGAACAACUGAAGAAGCCAAGGGGGAUGGGAUCCCAGGCAUGCAAGAUAGACUGAAUGUGCCUCAAGAACAGCCUGGGUUCUCAGCUAUAAACCCUAGGAAGGUCAAACCCUUUUCCUGACUGGUUUUUCUUUUCAAUUCAUUUGCUUUUAGUUUUCCAAGAACUAUAAACUUUGGCUCUUUUCCAUGUUCUCAGGGCCCCUGGGUAGACAGACAAAGCUUGAUGAUUUCAGAGCAGACAUAGGCCAAGAAACCGUGGCAUUGAGUGUGCUGAGUCCAGACAAAUGAUAUUUAUAUACACAUCCAAAUUUGAAGAGAAAGUGUAUUUCUUUAGGUUUUAAACACUGUAAUAGAUAAUAAAGCAAAAAUAAAAACCUGUUGCAAAAU